GAUGACAUCAUGCCCGCCGCGGCGGUGGCGGGGGGCGCGGUUUCGCUCCGGCUCGGCUCGGCUCGGCGCGGCUCGGCACGGCCAUGGGCCGCCGGCGGGGCCCGGGCGCGCAGGAGUGACCUGUCCGUGACGCCGGUGGGAGCCCAGCCACAAAGCACCAGGUGUGAGCACCAGCCGGGUCCGUGGGACACACGGCUCCACCUCAACAGCCCCGGUGCAGGUGGUGCAGCCUCUCCCCGCCGCAGCAAUGCCGAUCCUCAAGCAACUCGUCUCCAACUCUGCCCACUCCAAGCGGCGCUCGCGGGCCGACCUGACGGCUGAGAUGAUCAGCGCACCGCUGGGGGACUUCCGCCACACCAUGCACGUGGGGCGGGCGGGGGACGCCUUCGGGGACACCUCCUUCCUCACCAGCAAGGCUGGGGAGCCAGGGCUGGAGGCGGGCGAGGAGCCGAGCGCUUCCAAACCCAGCCUGCUCUCCCGCCGCUUCCGCAGCAGCAAGCGCUCACAGUCGGUGACGCGAGGUGACCGGCGGGACAUGCUGGGUUCGCUGAGGGACUCGGCCCUCUUUGUGAAGAAUGCCGUCUCCCUGCCCCAGCUCAAUGAGAAGGAGGUGGACAGGAGCGCGGGGCAACUGCCCAAGAGCCUCUCCUCCAGCCCUGUCAAGAAGCUGCCCGAGGAAGUGAGCCCCGAAGAGCAGCAGCGCCCGAACGGGGCGACCGCUGGGCCGCUGAGCCCUGGCUUGGAUGAGCGUGACUUCGGGGACAUCACGGAGCUGCCCGUUGUGGCAGCCAAGAGCGGGGUGGGCAUGAAGCACGCCGAGUCCAUCAUGUCCUUCCACAUUGACCUGGGGCCCUCCAUGCUUGGGGAUGUCCUGAGCAUCAUGGAUAAGGAGCAGUGGGAGCAGGAUGAAGACCCCGAGGUGGAAGAGAGCCGCGAGGAGGAGGUGGCUGCUGCCCUGCCCGGCUCCCCGGUGGCAGCGGCAGCCCCUCCAAGCCAGAGCCCAUCCCGCAGCACCAAUGCCCCGUGCCCCAGGGACAGCAGUUCAGUGUCCAGCUGCGCCUCAGGGCCGGAGGAGCGCAGCCCCGUCCCUGGGCCACCGAGCCACCGGGGCCCCCCAAAACGCCCUGACAAGGAGUUCUCAUUCGCUGACGAAGACGACGAUGAGAUCAGAGUAUAAAAGGCGGGUGGCCAAGCCGAAGGGUCUGGUUCUCAUUUGCGGUUGCUUGGACACGGCGCCGAAUACCCCGGUGCUGCAACGGGUGGCACCAGGGAAGACUCAACUCCUCAUUUUUCCCUCUUCCCGUCUGGCGGUGGACAUACCGUGGCAGGACAGCACUCUGCGCCCAGGGCCGGGGCAGCCCUGACGCCUCUCAGCUCCCAGAGAGCUCCAGCACAUCCCAGGAGGGGAAAGCAGACUUAGUUUUGGUUCUUUCUGUUGGACUUUGGAUAUUAGCUCUGUAAUUUUUUUUCCCCCCACCCAUGUAAAGCAAUAUAGGAUCAAACAAGAUGAGGCUUCAAAGUUUUAGCCCCUUUAGUAAUAUAUUUUUUUUUCCCGCUGUAUGGUUUUUACUGCUCUCUGAUUUGUACUUAACUUUCUUUACUCUCGCUUUUGGUUUUAACGGAGUUAAGAUUUCCUGUGAGGAAGGACUUGGCUCUGGAGCUCAGAGGGGGCUCAGGACCUUGGGCGACUCCAGUUCCCUGGGUUUCCUGGGGACUUUCUGCAGACUGAGAGCCGCUGGCUGCGGGGGUCUGACUCCCCAUCCCUCUGAUGGAUGGAUCCAUCCCAGAUGCCUGACACUCCAAACAGCCCUGCGGGGAUGCCCCUGGCCAGCCCUGGCACCGGCUGCUCCCGGGGAUGCUGAUGGGAGCGUGGGUCUGUCCCCUGUGGGAGGAACGUCUGAGACCCCCCCCAAGCCAGGGCAAGACCCGGUGUUCUGCGUGCCAGGCCGCUGCCCUCGGCGGGCCUGGUGUAGGUGGGUGGAAGAGGAGGGUUUUAUACCAUGUAUGUACAAGUGCAAAGAAUAAAAGGAAAUGGUAGUGACA